AUAAUAACGAUAAUAAACAACACAGAAUUUAACUGGCUUAUUAUUGUAGAGCGGCAGUUCCGUGUCAAGGUCGUUACUUAAUACAGAGUACAUUCUGUGCCUGGAGGAGAGAUUGUGGAACCGAAUGUUAUUGAGUACAGCUCGACAAACCAAGAUGACUGCUCCAAACUACACUGUUACCUCGAUACUAUCCAGCCCCUACGUCAUGAACAAAGAUGGCGGUGGCUACAAGGGAUUCCUCGUUGAUUUACUCGAAAAAGUCGCUGAGGAGGUGGGGUUCAAUUACAACAUUCGGCUCUCCAAAGACGGCAAGUACGGAUCUUAUAGCAAUGGAUACUGGAAUGGCAUGAUUGGAGAGGUGGUGCGAAGGGAGGCAAGCAUUGGUCUAGGAGACGUUACCAUUACCAGAGAAAGAGAACGAGUUGUGGAUUUCUCCAAACCAUACCAAUCCCAGACACUACGUCUUCUAGUGAAAAAGCCUUCUUGGCAUCCCCCCGGUCUUGGCUUCCUACUAGAUCCAUUCUCGUCGGAGAUUUGGCUUUCUAUCCUGUUUGCACUUCUUCUUGUGGCAAUCCUGUUCGUCGUCAUCGGUCGGUUCAACCCGUUUGAAUGGAGACAAGUGGCAUCGGACAAAGACCCCAGAGGCGCAAGGCACAGCUUUGGUCUGAGAGAGAGUUUCAUGUUUGUGUUCAGCACCAUCACACUUCAAGGUUACCGAGAGACUCCCCGGUCUCUGGCAGGUCGCGUGUUGGCGGUGUCCUGGUUCAUCUUCGUCUUCUUCAUGGUGGUGGCCUACAUAGGAGCAGCCACGGCCUUCAUGUUUGCGGGACAGAGCAUGCCAUCAAUGCCUUUUGAAGAUCUUGAGGACAUUGUCGAUCACAGACAAAUCCAAAUAGGAAUGGUGCGAGGUGGAAGUUCGUUUCAAAAACUCAAGGACAGUAAGAUAGGCAUCUAUCAGCGUGUGGCUGACUACGUUGAAAUGCAGAAUUCGUUUGUAAACAGCACGAAAGAAGGACUUGAAAGGGUUAGAGGCAGAGCUGGACAUUUUGUAAUGUUGAUGGAGUCAUUGAGAGCAGACUACAUUGCCCAGCAGUUGCCCUGUGAUGUUAUGGUGUAUGGCAAUAGUCAUUUCAGUAUGAGCUUGGGUCUUUUCACAAAUCAAGGAUCUGGUCUCAAGCAGAAAAUCGAUGAUGCACUCCUAAGAUUGAGGGAAGAUGGCACAAUACACAUUCUGCAGCAAAAGUGGUGGACAUUAAUGGGGAGGUGUCCAGUGGCUCGUGUUGCGAACAAACGGCAACAAACCAUCACGGCUUCUCAAGCAACACUUCGGAAACUUGCAGCACCGUUCCUGCUGCUGCUGAUAGGUGCUAUCCUGGCUGUUGUGGUCCUGGUGGGCGAGAUCGUCUUCAGGAAACUCAGGCAGUAGAUGCCCGCACUGCAUUCAUGCAUGGGCCGCCCUUCCACGAUGUUACGUCUCGCGAACUCAUUACCAUUCUUCUCGUCACUCUAUGGCUUUACACUGCCGGAGUUACUGCCGAUGUGACGUUAAAUAUUAACUCACUAUUUACCAUUCCUCAUUGCUUUUAGUAUCAACACCAUGUGCAUCUUAAUUAGGUGUUGUAUUGACUGUUGGCACCGUGUCACAAUGUAAUCAUGGACUUAUGUAUAUCUAGAUACAUGGACACCCUAUAUAAACAUUUACUUUGACGAACGUGUGCUUUACGAUCUCUGCCUAGUAGAUGAUUAGUUGUGCAAUGUAUGCAUGCAGAUUCAGUAGGUAGGUUUAUAGUUAUGAAAAAGUGAAAAAAAUAUAUACUUAUUGUUCAUUCAGAAAAACUGCAUGUUUUUCUAACAUUAUUUAUAUUGUUUACCUUUGUGGCAGAUGUUCAUUUCAGCGGUUCGCAUUCAGGAUGUGUGAUUGUUUCGGCUGGCCAAGUAGUCGUGGGCGCCGGAAUUCGCUUAACAGAUUGUGUUCCCUAGAUGUACUGGAACCCUAUGAUCGUGGGUUCGAAUCCCAGAUUCGCCCUACAUGUUUCGUUGAUUAUGCUAAGAUAAUCUUGGGUUCGAGUCUGAGGUUCGCCCUGAUUAUCCUUGGUUUGUCACAACCAUACCCAUGUGGGUUUCGGCAAAGUGGUAAGCGUCUUAGGCUUCCAUCGCCCGCCAGCAGGCUUUCCUCACACAUCCUGCUGAUGUAAUUCUUACGUAUGGAAUGAAUUUUGUCCCUUUUAUUUAUGCAUCUUAAAUGUCACUGGAGAACAAUUUCGGUGUAUGCAUGCACAUGUAACCUUAAGCAGUUUCUUAUAUACUUGUAUUAGAUUUGGUCUGUUAUUUAGGAAGCAGAAUAAACUGUGUCAAUUA